CUGUACUCUGUCCGCAGUCUCUGGUCAUCUCCUGUACUGUCCGCAGUCUCUGGUCAUCCCUGUGCUGUCCGCAGUCUCUGGUCAUCCCUGUGCUGUCCGCAGUCUCUGGUCAUCCCUGUACUGUGUCCGCAGUCUCUGGUCAUCCCUGUACUGUGUCCGCAGUCUCUGGUCAUCCCUGUACUGUGUCCGCAGUCUCUGGUCAUCCCUGUACUGUGUCCGCAGUCUCUGGUCAUCCCCUGUACUGUGUCCGCAGUCUCUGGUCAUCUCCUGUACUAUGUUUGCAGU